UGCGCUAAAUAAAGUCUAUACAGCGCAUUCAGAAACAUUCGCACGGAGGCGCGGACACUUCUGUCUCCAGCACGGAUGCGCGCGCGUCUGGAUGCGCUUAGCUCUGUGGAAAUACUGCCUCACUCCAGAAUAUAUGGAUGAAACACAAAUGCAAAGUGUAAGGUAAUCCUUGCGGAAAGUUGUGUGGUUUAAAGAUGCGCUGGGUUUAUUCCUGCGCGCUGCUGAUUGUGCUGGUGCUGGAUAACGCCGUGGCCGCGCCUGCGUGGAGAAAACACACGGUGGCUAGUAUUCAGUUGCAUAAACCAUGUGUGCAGACACUGGCUCCUGUGGACACGAGAUCUCAUCGAGGUCUGGCUCGAUCCAAGCGCUACGCUAUCAACCCACUGGGAUACAAGUGGGAGCAUUUUAACGUCACCUACAAGAUCACAAAGUUUCCUAACACACUGAAUAAAGAUGAUACCCGCAAAGCUAUUAGCAUCGCCUUCACGAAAUGGAGUGAUGUUUCUCCUCUGACUUUCACUGAAACCACCAACCCCGACAAAAGUGCUGACAUCACUAUAGGCUUCUACACGUACAAUCACACAGAUUGUUGGUGGUCUCCUCUGCACCCGUGUUUUGACGGGCUGAACGGUGAGCUGGCCCAUGCCUUCCUUCCCCCACGAGGAGAGAUUCACUUUGACAACCAUGAAUUCUGGAUUCUGGGAAAAUCCCGCUUCAGCUGGAAACAAGGUGUGUGGCUGAAUGACCUGGUCCAGGUCGCUGCUCAUGAAAUCGGUCACGCUUUAGGCCUCUGGCAUUCACAGGACCCUAAUGCAUUAAUGCAUCCUAAUGCAACAUACACGGGUCAGAGGAACAUCGCUCAAGAUGAUAUAAGGGGCAUCCAGCGCCUUUAUGGAUGCAUGGACAAGAAGCGUGUGUGUGAUCCUUGGGCCCGCUUGGGUUUCUGUGAGAGGAGGCGGAGCUUCAUGAAGAAAAACUGCCCACAGCGCUGUGACCUGUGCUACGAGCCUCUGGAUGCAGUGUCUACACCAACACCUCCUCCUGAAAAUGCGAAGAUCAAAAUUGUGCCUCGUGGAAAAGUUGUGGGCUUCCGCUGUGGGACAAAAAACACCAGAGUGCCUCCAAAAGUCAGCUGGUAUAAAGACGGUGAGCAGUUGCUGACAUCAAUUCCUGGCUAUAUUGUAAUUAAAGAUCGGGACCUGAGGCUCGUGGCAAAUGAAUUUAAUGAAGGCACAUACACCUGCCGCAUCCAUCGGCGUGGUAACGUUGUCUCUGCUAACUCGUGGGCCAUCCGGCUGAAGCCAGAGCAGUCCUCCAACAACAGCUGAUGGAGCGAUGCUGAUGUACUUGAUCCCAAGCUCUACCUCCUGACCCGCUGUCCUCCGCUGCAGCAAACACAGAGUCAUAAUGGACCACCGGCACAAGCAGGGGUUUCCAACCUUCAUAGCUCUGAGAUUUAAGACAAUAUUUUGAAGGAUCACCAACUAGAUUUUCUUUUGUACGUCUGUCUGCUGCAGUGACGACAAAUGUGCUUUUUUAUUAAGUGCUUUUUUUAUUAAGGUUAAUGCCACUUCUGAGGCAUAAAAUUUAGUUUCAAAGAUGCUUAA